AUGUGUCCCGGGCUUGCAUCACCACCUGGCCUGGCAAUUGCAGAUAAGCAGAACUCAUCUUCGCCCUUAUCAACGGCUUUGAGAGUAGGCCUCAAUGACAGCAAUUAUAAAAUUGGCGAUAUUCUGCAGUUCUUAGGUGUGGGCUAUCUUAUUCGCUGCCUUCAGCCGGGCCUAGCCGCAUUGUGGUUCCUUCCAAGUCCCUUAAAUGGAUCACAUUUUAUCGCUGGACGCAAGAAUGUUUUUACUUGCUCUCUUAGGCAAGCUAAAUGA